AUGAGUGGGGCAGGAACACCAGAUUUCUUCUACAGAGAAGCUCAACGGCUUGGCUAUGUAGCUCGCUCUGCUUUCAAGCUUCUUCAGAUACAAAAACAACACAAGUUAAUAACCCCUGGCUCCUCUGUUCUUGACCUUGGCUGUGCUCCUGGUGCUUGGCUCCAGGUUGCUUGCCAGAGCUUGGGUCCAGUAAAGAGUGGUGGGGCUGUUGUGGGUAUUGAUCUCAAGAAGGUGAAAGUCCCUCCUCUUUACUGUGAUGCAAGGGUUCAAACUGUUUGUGCUGAUGUUAUGAAACUCCCCAAAAACCAAGUUCGGGCACUCUCUCCUCAGCACAAGGGGUUUUCUGUGGUCCUCUCAGAUAUGUGUCCCUUGGUUUCUGGUAUCACAACUAGAGAUGCAGCUUUAUCUGCAGAAUUGGGAAUGCAAGCACUUGGUCUGGCUGUUGGUCGAGCAGCAACAGCCCAUCUUGAUAAUGAUAUUAUAGCAGGCAGAUCGUUAAACGAUUCUGUGUGUUCUGCGGACGAUAAUGGCAUAUUGCAACCAGGUGGACACCUAGUAAUUAAGGUCCUAGAGAGUGAGGAUAACCAAGAAUUUAGCCGGAUUUGCAAGCCACUCUUCAGAAAGGCAUCAUGGUUGAGGCCCAAGGCUACGAGGUCCUCAUCAAGAGAGAUUUAUUUGAUCUGUCAAGGCCUACGGUCUUAG